UAAGAAUACUCCUUAUUAAUUGUCCAUUUAGUGUCAAAAGCAUCUGUGUGAGUACAGUCAAAGACUGGGUCUAUAUGUCUGAGAAAACCUUUGGACCCCUAAAAGUAUAAAGUUACAGUUCGAAUAACAAAAUGAUAUCAUAAUGAAUCUCCACUUUUUCGCCUGCAAACUGUACCAAAGACAGUGUGUAAGCCAGAGAGGAAGUAUGAAUGGAGAAAUUUCAACACCAUUACAGUGAAGUGGGAGGGUGUGAAGAGGAGCUUAAACGCGUCUCCCACUUACCAGUGUCGUCUACCACGACACUUUUUAACUGGUCGUUACAUAGAUUGUGCAGCUGCAUGAGAAAAAUGACAAUCGACCACAGAGUCACUUUCAUGUUUGCAGUCGCUGAGUGCAGACAGGUGAUCCUCAAAGGUGUCUCAGUAAUGCACCUCAACAUUUGUGUCCUUGACUCUGGUCUUUACCAUACUACUAGUGAGCAGUCAUCAUCACUUCAACCAACCACAAGUGAGCCCACCCAUUUCAGCACUUUUUUUUUUCUUUUUUUUUUUUAUAACACUCCUCAGUGUCACCUCUGUUUGUUUCCGCAGACCCUGUGUCAAGAAACACAUCUCACAACCUCUGAAGAACAUAUCCACCUUGAAUUCUUUACACUUAUAGUUAUGGAGAAGGAUGGUUAUCCGUCUGUGUUUGUGGUGGACCGCCCUGCUACCGGUCUUCCAUUACCACCCAGGUUGAGACAGAGGCAGCGGUGUGGAGGAGCUUGUCAGACCGUGCUGAUCAUGCUGGUCAGUGUGGCACUGUGUGGCAUGGCCAUAGAAGCCUGCUUCAUCUACCAUCUCUACCAUCUCUACCAUCCUGAAUCUGAUGCCUCAGCAUCGUCCUCUAAGCUUGCUGGAGAUGAAGAUGUUACUCAUCCCACUGAAUGGCCCAAUUACAAUAUUCCUCCUUCCAAACCAUUGGCACAACUCACUGACGGACAAGAUGUAGUUUACGGACCACAUAUCAUGAAGUGGAGCACGAUUGCAAACCCCUUCCUCUAUGAAAUGGACUACAACAAUGGGGGCCUAAUAGUGAAGAAGGAGGGUUAUUAUUAUGUCUAUUCAAAGGUUUUCUUCUCAGACUGUGGUUCGUUUCACCACUCUGUCGAACUGCACACGCAAAAGUACAGUGAAAAGCCCAUUCCCCUCCUGCAGGCAAGGAAAAUAUCCCCGAUCUCGAGCAGCGCACGAUCCAACAGUUACUUGGGUGGAGUUUUUCACUUUGACAAAGACGACACUCUUUAUGUGAGAGUCAGCAACACCUCAAAGAUCCAGAGGCACAAAUCCUAUGAGAACAUCUUUGGUGCUUUUAUGAUAUAAACAUCCCAGUAGCACUUUACAUUACAGCAGAGUAACAACAUAGAAAAAGUACGGUAUUAUCUAUUUAAUGGAGAGGUUGUGAUUUGGUGACGCCGUCUUAUUUCUAAUGCCUGUCUGGCUUGUUAAACCAAUGUGUGGCAACAAGCAGGUUAGGUUCACUUCCAAAGUAAUAUUCAGGGGAUUUUGACUGUGAAUUUAGUAAUUACCACAUUAUGUCAUCCUGCCUACUGACCGUGGGUUGGUCAGUAGGGAGUCAGUUGUCUAUAUUAAUAUUAUAUUAAUAGUAAGUUAUUACUGCACUAUAACCAUAUUGUCACUGUACUUACCGACAUCACAUUAAUCAUCAUCAGUGUCACCAUGAAUCAAAUUUUUUUUUCAUAAUUUUUAAAUGGAUAAACAAAACCUUUUUUUAUUUUAGUACACUUUGAUCAUUUUUCAUAUUCUGUAUCAUCAUAUUAAGAAAAUGUAACCAUUAACAUUUAUUUUCAUUCUUGCUGUAUCACAUAGUGUGCACACUAUUUAUUUAUUGCUUCAAUGGGUGAACACAUGACACAACUGCUUUAAUUGUGUUGAGUUUUCAUUCAAUCAUGUAAAGGAAAAUGUUGAAAUAAAUGGAUUAAAAAGUUA